UGUAUUAGGAUAUAUUUACAAAUAAAUCUGACACGUUAAUUCUAGUUGAUUGACAGCAAGGCUGAAGACAGCAGUGUGAAAACCUCUGACUUGCGGUGGAGCAAUAAAACCUCUGACAGUAGUUCAUUCAAUACUUUAAAGUAUGUAUUUAAUCACAAACUACCUAACAUACAACAUGAAAUGUGAAAAGAACAUACCGCUAUAAACACAUAUUCCAAAUAAACCGACGCUCAACGAAGCGACUGAAAAAAACGUCAUGAUUUUUGCACAUGCGCGUUAAAGGGGAAACAGGGGGAACUGAAUUCUCCGUAACACCGGUCCUAAAAUCUGAUUGGCUGAGCCGCGUUCGAAGCCGUUGUAAAAUCCCCGAUAAACUCACACCUAGGACCACCUCACAUCAUUCCAUAUUAAUACGCCACUGAAAAGAAAAAGUUAAUGUUAUUUUCGCCCUCAUGUUGCCUAGCAACACUGUUAAUCGAACUAUUUUGCGUCGCGGAAGAACGCUUUAUUAUUUUCUGCCAUUCGUGUGUGACAGCUGCUCUGGAGUCUUUUGCCUAGAACACAGAAGCAGAGACGCACACUCAUGUCCUGAGGUCUCUGUGAAGAGGGAAGUGUCAGGGGCAGGGGUUAGUACAACGUACCCAUGUACAUUUCAGGACUGCAAAGGCAAGGAGCUUCUACCUGUUAUCUGCCAACAUUGUCAAAAACACUUCUGCCUUGCUCAUAGACAUCAGGAUGACCAUAAAUGUGAGAAGUUGGAGACACCCAAACCUCGAAUGGUGGCAACACAAGAGCUUGUGCAAAAGAUAGUUGAUUCUAAGAAGAAUGCACUGCCUAGUAAAGGUAGAAAAGGGGCAAAGAACAGUGCUACAGCUGCUAAAGUUGCACUCAUGAAGCUAAAACUACAUGCUGCUGGAGACAAAGGGCUACCACAGACAGAGCGAACUUACCUUCAGGUGUUUCUCCCGAAAGAGGCAAACGUAUCCAGCCAGCCCAUGUUUUUCAGCUCCAAAUGGAGUGUUGGUAAAGUGGUGGAUUUUGCAGCAGCUCAAGUUAGCCUGAAGAACAACAACAAUGUUCUUACAGCCAAGAAACUGUGCCUGUGCCACCCAGAAACUGGUGAGGCCUUAAAAAUGGAUGCCAGUCUCCAGACCCUGCUGUCCCUUCCGGAAUCUCCUCUGUACAAUGGUGGCAACGUCAUCUUGGAGUAUCUGGAGAACGAGAGUUUUGGGGUUGAAGAUGUUACUGCAUACAUCCUAUCCUCCUGACCCAAAAUGUCAGUCUAGGACUUUACCUUUAGGGGCUAGAAUAUAGAGAAUAUAGAGACAGCAAACAUCAACAAUGUGAGAAUAUGCAGGAAAUUGUGGGAUUUUCUGAGUUUACAUAAUAAAUAGGUCCGGGUCCUUUCUGUGUGGAGUUUGCAUGUUCUCCCUGUGUCUGUGUGGGUUUUCUCCAGGAGCUCCGGUUUCCUCCCAAAGUCCAAAGACAUGUGUCUGACAUCACACUUGAACUGAUGAAUCUUGUAUCUUGUGUAACAAGAAAUCACCUGUUCUGUCAUGAAUGUAACCAGUGUGUAAAAUAUGACGUUAAAAUCCUAAUAAAUAAAUAAAUAUAAGUAAAA